UGGCAAAUUUUGACGUAUUAAGUGGAAAACUGAAACGGCUAUCUACUAACUAAAGUUAUAAGCCGCUAAUUCUUUAUAAUGAUUAAUGACAUAACCUCCAAUUUGCAUAAUUUUUAAUCAGAAUAGACCAAAACCCAAACAGCGGAAACCGCUGCCACGUUCCAGAUAAAACUAAGGGUAUACAUUGUUGCGACAACAACUAACAUUAUAUCUAUGUACACUCUUGUCUAUAUAUAUAACUUGAAUAAAUCUUCAACAUACAAAGUAGUGACACACGAGAAGCAAAAUGUACAAUCGCGGAGCUCUAAGUCUAGCCAUCAUCACCUGCUUCGUAGUUGCUAAUGCAGACUACUUAAUAGGGGUGGGGAGCCACGACAUGACCGGCCCGGCAGCCGGAGUCAAUAUGAUGGGUUAUGCUAACAUGGAGCAGGUCACCGGAGGCAUACAUUUCCAGCUCCGGGCACGGGCCUUCGUCGUCGCUGAGACCGACCAAGCUGGUGCUCGAAUCGCCUUUGUUAACCUCGAUGUUGGGAUGGCCUCCCAACUUGUCACUAUUAAAGUUCUCGAGAGACUGAAAUCAAGGUAUGGAGAGUUGUACAGUGAAGAAAAUGUGGCAAUAAGUGGCACUCACACACAUGCUGGUCCAGGAGGGUAUCUGCAGUAUGUGACCUACUCUGUAACUUCGCUUGGUUUCGUUCCCUAAUCUUUCGACUGUUGGUUAUCCUUGACAUCAUCUAAUGAUACGCAGCGGAAUAUACAUUCAAGGAUUAGAUCUAGAUUUACAAAUGCAUCAUGUGUAGAGAUAGGCACACAACGAAAAGAAUAACUUACUCGUUGUGUGGUAAGCGUGCGUCUCGAUUCUUGCCGUGAAUCCUCUACUAAGGUAUCCACGUGUAUGUCGACUCGAUGCAGGAACAAUUCCAAGUGCACGA